GAGGUGCGAGCUUAGCCGUUUUCGUGCGUCGAUGCGCUGGGACCCUCUGCCGCCGCCGGGCAGCAGGCUGGUGGACCCUCCUCCGCCACGUAGGCCAUGUGAUCGAUGCAGUGGAUGCACUCCCUCCAUGAACACCCUAUUUAUUCUCUGCAUUGUGGUCAUUGCAGCCAAGGAGGGGCGUUUGGGUCUGACGAGAGCCUCUGAACUGGGAGGUAAGGUAACCACACCGCCAUUCCAUUCUCACCUGCAGGACAUCAACGCGGUUUUUCUUUGCCAGGCCUAUUGGCGCCGAACUUGAAGCCGUGUGUGCCUGAGCAUGUGAUCCAGAACGUGCCGGCCAAACCUUUAAGCCCCUUCAUUGAGACCAUGGUGCUGGAGACCGUGUGGAACAAGUGAGGGAAGGAUGCGGCCACAUGGAAUUUUCACCCGAUUCCCCGGUCUCCUUCUGUUGUCGUGAAUGGUAUGUAUUGCUGCAGCACUCCGCUAUGGGGAGGCAGCGACCAGGAGGCCGUAUCCCAGCUGCGGUCGGUGGGGAGGGCUCAACACACGUAUGGGGAAGGAAGAUCGGCUUUGGUGUGCUUCCCCUCCCUCUCCCUUGGUCGAUGCAGCUAUGGGGAGAAGCGUCGCCUCCAGAAUGGGCUGAGGAAGCUGCUGCAGGCGCUAGAGGUAGGUAGCUCGGUGAGGUCAGCAGAUACAAAUCACAUCAGCACUCACUCAGAUGACACCAUCUUUGUGUUUUCUUGUGCGUGUGGUCCACCUCAGUUGUACUUCGGCAGUGCCGGUCCUACCGAGCUGUACGAGCGGCUGCUGGAGGUCAAGUCGCGGCUGCCCACACACAAAGGCAGCGCAUCCGGCAGUGGCAGGAGCGUCCACAAGGGUACAUAACAUGGGUAGAGGGGGGGAGAUACAUCCUAUUACAUCCUCAGUCUUACUGGUGCUCACCUGCACGUGUGUCGUGUGGUGUCGUGUGCAGAUGAGAUUGAUUGGGAGAGUUUCCACGAUGUACCUAGGGGGAUGCUGAGCUGGAUGGAUUGGCCAGGCUUGGCAGCUGGGCACUCACGUCGUCUCGUCACACACUAUAGACGGACGAAUGGCUGUUGGUGUCGGUCGGUGCUGGCUGCAGGUGAUUGGCCAGACCGCCGGAUGGGACAGGCCGCUGCGGAUCUUAGACAAACAGGAGAUGUUCAUGUACUGACCAAACAGAACAGAGAAAGAGAUUUGGGUGCAUGGAUGGAUGGAUGUGUGUGGUCGCUGGCUGGCUGGCUGGCUGUCUGCAGAACGUUGUGCCUGCCGACGUCUGAGGUGUUCAAGAGUAGUCUGGAGGAGUUUCUCGAGACCAACCGGCAGCAGCUGCUGGAGUCCAUCGUCAAGACAGACAACAUGGCACCCAAUCCGCGGCUCCACACUUGGUGGGCGGGCAGCGGGCUGCACCCACCUGACACAGACACUCUUGCAGACCCACUGCGCCUUUGUGUGUGCUGGCAGGCUGGUUCUGACGCGCGACAAGUUCGUAGAAUCUCUGACCAAGCUGCCCUGGAACCAUAGCGACCACCCGGUGGGGAGGGAUAAGACGAAGGAGGGAGGGAGGGAUGGAUGAGCGGUGUGUGGCCUGGUGUGUGGUUCCAGAUGCCCGAGAGUGAGUUGACGUUGCUGGGGUGCCCAUACGAGAGCCUUGCACUCAGACUGCAGGCAAAGGUUCGCACCCACAGGACAUAAGUGAAGGCACUGUCCUAUUCUGUCCUGUCCUGUGUACGCAUGUGUAUGUGUUUGCAGGCACAUCGUGAGAAGGUAGCUGCAGAGAUCGCUCAAUACUUCAGCCAACACCAUCAGGCCGUGUCAAAGAAGGUAUGCCUGUGAGUAUGAUGGUGGCUGGUGCACGCAAUUCUCACCCUCCCGCCCCUUUGCUCGAAUGCAGGAUUUCCUCAAGACAAAGUACUCACACGGGCGGGCGUCAAAAUGAACACAUACAGCACCUGCGGUGUGUUGAUGUGAUGUGCUUUGUGUCUGUCAGUUUGGUGUCGUGCGAGGAGAUACAGGUGAUGAUGCCCCACAAAUACCCCAUCCAAUGGGUACCUACCUCCCUCACUCGGGGGGCAUUGCAUCGCAUCAACGAAUGAAUGGACGGAUGGAUGGAUGGAUGGACACAUCAACUCAACACGCGGGCUGUGUUGUGGUUGUGGUGUCCAGAUCUACGCUGGUUGUCUACACCUGACCGAGGCCACUGCAGACGACAUCUCCCCUGAAGACUGGUAGGUAGGUGGGUGGCUGGCCGAUCCAUGCCACUGCAGACAGACAGAGGCAGGAGAGAGAGGAUACAGAGACAGAGAGAGUUGUGCAUCCAGUCAUCCAAUGGCUGCUCUCAUUCAUCAGGCGUCGCGAUGUCGAGGAGCGUGCGGCGUGGCCCGAGGACUACGCAUCGCCCAACGCCAAGCCCUCCCACCCAGAAGAGAUCGCACAGCUGGUAGGUACAUACCUCAUUCAUCACCACAGACAGACAGACAGACAGACAAGGGGAGGGAGACACAUGUCGCAACCAACCAACCAACCUUUGCCUCUCUCUCUCUCUCUUGUUUCGUCUUCAGGAGCAGUUGUGGUACGACGGCGGCAUGCAGCAGGCUCUCGGUCCGCUGUCUCUGCCAGUGUCGGCCCACGGCAUCAACUGGCUCACACCCUUCAAGUGCCUCAGCGACCAAGACGGUGACGGUGACGGCCACCCCUUUGCAGCUGCCAUCCGCAUGAUCCAUGGCGGCGGGCCAGUGCCCUCGUGGCUGCAGCAGCUCGACCACGAGGCCCUCCCCUCAAAUGCCACACGAGCACGCCUCCUGCGGCUCGCACUCCAUCCUGACCUGGGCAUCGGCGGGCCCUUCCUCGCACAUGGCUUCCAGCGCUGCUGCGAGGUGUUCUGCAAGCUGCACGGCAACACGCAGCAGCAGCAGCACUCUCGUGCGGGAGCUAAGAGGGAGAGUGGGGGGACGAGAGGGGCGGGCGGUGGCGGGGAGGGACGUGAUGGAUAGACGGACAUCAGAGAGACCGUCCAGGGCCAUAUGCCAUAUGGAGGGAUGGAUGGCCCGUGCGGGUAUGUGUGCAGUGUGUGGAGUGGAUAGACAGACAGGGGAGAUGGCUGGGCUGCACGUGUGUGUGUGUGUGUGUGUGUGUAGUGGGUGAAGAGUGAGCGAUGUGGUGCCUGCCUGCGACAGUGAAAGGCAUACAUACGUGCAAUUGAAGGACGAUUGCAAAACGGCCCCAUAGCUGUCCACUCCUAUUGACUGCGACCGCAUAGGUACGUCAGUGGUCGAAAGAGUGAACUGUCUG